UGCUGGCCGCGCGGCUCCCCUGCGCUCCGCGGCCGGCGCUGAGGCGACAGGAGCAGGGUGGCGGCGGCGGCGGCGGCGAUGUCCCGGCUGGAGCAGGCCUGGCGAGGCCCUAGCCCGCCUUUUCACCGGCAAAGCGGGCGCUGGGCCGGGCCCUGAAGCCGCCCGCCGCCCCGGGAAGACUGGAGAACCCCCUGAGGGAGCCGGCGAGGCCCGGAGCUGCCCCGGCUGAGGAUGGGGAUCCUCUUCACCAGGAUAUGGAGGCUGUUCAACCACCAGGAGCACAAAGUUAUCAUUGUUGGGCUGGACAAUGCAGGCAAAACCACCAUUCUUUAUCAAUUCUCGAUGAAUGAGGUGGUGCACACCUCGCCCACCAUCGGCAGCAACGUGGAGGAGAUCGUGGUGAACAACACACGCUUCCUGAUGUGGGACAUCGGCGGGCAGGAGUCCCUGCGCUCCUCCUGGAACACCUACUACACCAACACCGAGUUCGUGAUAGUUGUGGUGGACAGCACAGACAGGGAGAGAAUUUCUGUGACUAAAGAAGAGCUCUAUAAAAUGUUAGCACAUGAGGACUUAAAAAAAGCAGGUUUGCUGAUCUUUGCUAACAAGCAAGAUGUCAAAGAGUGUAUGACAGUAGCUGAAAUCUCUCAGUUCCUGAAGCUGACUUCAAUUAAGGAUCAUCAGUGGCACAUUCAAGCAUGCUGUGCUCUAACUGGAGAGGGACUGUGCCAAGGACUCGAGUGGAUGAUGUCAAGACUUAAGAUCAGAUGAUUUUUAAUGACCUCUUUGCACAGACCUUGCUUCAGAAGAGCUGUACCCAUGGUUACCUUCCCAGUGGCAGAAUGAAUGGGUUAGGUGUAUUUAUACUGAACUGGUUGCAACUUUGUUUUCUACAUUAGAUGCACACACACACACACCCCUGCACCCCUGUAUAUAAAUUAAGACCAUUCAGCAAAAAGAAAGCUGCAGCUGACAGCUCCAGUUUGGCUUUCCUGUUGCUUUUCCUCUGAGGAUGAGUUUAGAUGCUGUGAUCGACCUUCGUGUCAAGAGACAACCACUUGAAACAGGCUGGUGGUGAAGAUGGAGAGGAAGGAGCUUUGAAUUUUGAGUUCUGUCAUUCCAGUGUAGCCCUCCCUAGUGGAAGAUCUUGGCUUCAUUACUCCAGUCAAUUAGAGAGCAAAUGGAUGGCUUAGAUACCAACCAACUUGCCAGUAUUUUUAAGGCUCCUGAUGUUACAAAUGCAGAACUCUCUUUCCUGUCUAUGUACUGUACAUAUUUGUGUAUAUUUAUACCUCAGUUUUAGGUUAACUGCAAUCUGUUCAGACCAGUGUGUGAAGCUGAAGCAGUCUGUUGGCAGCAGGACCUCCUAUCUGACGUGGCCAACCUCAUCACCACCUCUUUCCCUCUGUUAUCUACGUGGCUGGAAGGUUCAUCAAGGCAGGCAGGCAAGCAGACAGGUGGCUCACCACAAUUUGAUAAAGCAAACUCCCUUUUAGGAGCAGUGCUGGUUCCUCCCAGGAGUUUUCCAUUAGGAUGCCAUGCUGGAUUGGGGUGCAUAGAUUGAGCUGCAAGUUGCAGUGUUGGCAGAGAAUUCCAAUUUGUCAAAAGAGUUGCAAACGAAAUGGAUUUCCUUUGGGUUAGGUGACUCCAGGUGAUUCCUGUGGUGGUGUGCUCUCCUGUGGCACUGCUCUUCUGGUUUCUGCAGUACCAUUCAGUUAUGAUUUAAGUCAGAAAGGGAAAAAGAUCAUCUCUUGUUGUUUGUUUUUGGUUUUUUUUCUUAACCAAAGAGCUACAAAAGGCUGUUUAAAAGUCCUACUGGAACCUUCCAAACGAAAUCAUAAUCUGCAUUAA